UAAAUUCGGCGCCCCAUAUUUUUCUAGGGUUUCUCCGUAUCAUCUCAUCUCAUCUCAUCUGCCGCCAAAACCAAAAGGGGGGCGACCGAAGUAGAGCCCGAAUCCGAAAUGGGAAAAGGAACGGGGAGUUUUGGAAAGAGGAGGAACAAGACUCACACGCUCUGCGUCCGCUGCGGUCGCCGGAGCUUUCACCUCCAGAAGAGCCGGUGCGGAUCCUGCGGCUUCCCCGCUGCCCGAAUCCGCAAGUAUAAUUGGAGUGUGAAGGCUAUUAGGAGGAAGACAACAGGCACUGGAAGGAUGAGGUAUCUUCGUCAUUUGCCUCGAAGGUUCAAGAGCAAUUUCAGAGAAGGAACUCAAGCUACACCAAAGCAGAAGACUGCUGCUGCAUCUGCUUCUUUUUAGUGUGGAGUGGGGACUAUCUAUAGGUUGUUUCUAUCUAUCCGCUGCGUCCUAUCUAGGGUUUCAUUUGAUUGAGUUUGGACUCAUCGCAUUACUUUUUGUUAGUUCAAAUUGCAACUUAUGUAUUUUGAUGUUAAAUAUUUGGAGAUCUGGACCGUUUUAUUUUGAUAUCUGUGUUUUGCUUA